AAAUGCAACCGAAAAAAGUGAAUAAUAAAAAAUGAGAAUUGUUUUUAGCUGAGAUUAUAUAAUGGAAUUUCAUUCUCUGAAUUUCAAAAAUCAGAUUUUUGAAACCCUAUUUCCUGUAAAAAAAAUUCCACUCAAUACCACUAAAGCUAAAAAUCGGGUUUUGGUUUGAAAGUCGUUUGCUUUUCUUCGAAAUAAUCAAAAGGGCUUUGAGAAGCGUCUGCUUGGGUCUUUCUAUCACUCUUAUCACCAGAGGGAGACAGCGACCGGGCCAGUCUUUGAGUUUGACGAAGACCACUAUUUCGUGUUGCAGAGCUUGUUUGCAGUUUUGGCUUCAACUUCCCUCAAGCUUCUAUCUCAAACAGACUCAACUACAACAAACAAGUUGAAUUUUGAAGUUACAUGAGUGGCGUCAGACAGAGGACCCUCGGGGGUGGGGGUCAGCAUGUGUUAGACUAUCUGAAACGAAUGCAAGCAGAAAAUCCUGCUUUCUUUUAUGCAAUUCAGAAUGAUAGUGAUCACUCUAGUGGAAAUAUAUUUUGGGUGGAUUCAACAGCCAGGAUGAACUAUACUUAUUUUGGAGAUGCUGUUAUAUUUGACACCUCGUACAGGACAAACCGUUAUAGGGUACCGUUUGCCUCAUUUUCUGGGCUUAAUCAUCAUGGGCAGCCAGUGUUGUUUGGCUGUGCGUUAAUUCUAAAUGAGUCUGAGUCCUCAUUCUUAUGGCUGUUACAAACUUGGCUUCAUGCAAUGUCCGGUCGCCACCCUGUCUCCAUCACCACUGAUCCAGAGAGACACAUACAAGUCGCAGUUGCGCAGGUUCUUCCUGAAACUCGCCAUCGUUUCUGUAAGUGGGCCAUAUUUAGAGAAACACAAGAGAAACUAGAUCAUCUUUAUCAUUCCCAUCCUACUUUUGAGACUGAAUUUAAGAAGUGCAUCAAUGAGAGUGAGACAGUAGAUGAGUUUGAGUCACGUUGGGAAUCAUUGCUUCAAAGAUACUACAUCAUGGAUAAUGAAUGGCUUCAAUCAAUGUACAAUGCUAGGCAACAGUGGGUCCCAGUGUACAUGAGAGACACCUUCUUUGGAGAGUUUGCAGUAAAUGAGGGAAGUGAAAGUUUAAAUUUGUUUUUUGACGGGUAUGUGAAUUCAUCCACUACCAUACAGGUUUUGCUUAAACAGUAUGAGAAAGCUGUAGUUAGUUGGCAUGAAAAGGAACUCAAAGCAGAUUAUGACACUACUAAUACUAUGCCCGUUUUGAAGACACCAUCUCCUAUGGAAAAACAAGCUGCAAACCUCUAUACUAGGAGAAUAUUUAAGAAGUUCCAGGAGGAGUUGGUUGAGACCCUUGCAAAUCCUGCAACAAAAGUUGAUGACUCAGGAACUGUUGCCACCUAUCGAGUGGCCAAAUUUGGGGAAGACCACAAAGCCCAUGCUGUUGAUUUCAAUUCUUUUGAGAUGAAAGCUAGUUGUACGUGUCAAAUGUUUGAAUAUUCAGGAAUAAUCUGUAGGCAUGUACUAGCAGUUUUUAGGGCAAAAAAUGUUCUUACACUCCCUUCUCAAUACGUAUUGAAACGAUGGACUAGAAAUGCCAAGAGUGGAGCUGUGGUGGAUGAACGUGCUUCUGAAUUGCCAAACAAUUCUAGAGAAUCUGUAACAGUUAGGUAUAACAAUCUACGUCAGGAAGCAAUCAAAUAUGUAGAAGAGGGAGCAAAAUCUAUCCACAUUUAUAAUGUGGCGAUGAAUGCUCUACAGGAGGCUGCUAAGAAAGUUGCUUCUAUAAAGAACCAAGGUUCUGGAGCUACGCAGGCUAGUUCCCUGGCCAAUGGAGGUAGCCAAGAAAUGCAUUCAACGGAAGAAAAUCAAACAGCGUAUCAGUCUUCGGAUGAGAAGGAAAAGAAAAUCCGUGAAUUGUCUGCCGAGUUGGAGAAUACCAACCAACGGUGUGAAGUUUAUCGAGCAAAUCUGCUUGCUGUUCUACGAGACAUGGAAGAGCAGAAGUUGAAGCUUUCAGUGAAAGUUCAAAGUGCAAGGCUAAGUCUGAAGGAGUGACUGCUAUUUGCAGAAGAAGCCCUUCCAUUAUGGAUUUCCUUCUCCAGACCGUACACUCAGUCAUUGACAUCUUUGUUUCUCCCAUCCAGCGUGCCAGGGGCCUCCUGCUGGGAGAAAGUUGGGUGGGGAAGAGGAGGGGGUGUGCCUGAAGGCGGGCAAUAUUUGUAUUUAAACCGUUUUCUCGUAACUAUUGCACCGUAAACUUGUUUGUGUCGAGAUCUUGUUGGAGGGACCAGGUAGGGAUAAGCUGCCACUAAUCCGUGGGGUGAACAUCCUCCAAUGUCAAUAAUAGGAAGUUGCAUUGUUAGGGUUUAGCCUUGGUUAAUAACUUGUGGUGAUUAUUAAUUAUUAACAAUGGGAUUUUUUGUAGUA